AGUCUUCACCGAGCCUCUCUGCCCAGCGGUUCGACGGCGUACCUCGUGUUCUCCACCACACACGUCGAUCCUCCAGAGACGCGGAGCAACAGACCUGACCCGGUCCUCCAAAGAGAGGGGUGUCGCGCGGACGGGAGGGAAGGUGGUGUUGGUGGUUCGAGUCCCGCGCGUCAGCGGUUCCGUCAGUGUCCGGAAGUUCUACACGCGGACAGGACGAGUUUGUUUUCUUCUUUCUUUCCCCCCCAGCGCGUGCGUUGAGUGAAUCCUCCUCCCCCCUCAGAUCUACGAAUCGAAAAAAAACGUAAAAACGAAACAAACGAAGUUCUUCUCUCAAGGGAUUUUUUAUUUCUCCAAGAAGGUCGCAGCGGCGCGAUGGGCGGCUGCAGCGGCCUCACGUGGGUGGACAGCCGCCUGAACCGCGCCUUCUACCAGCUGGGGCUGGUGGUGGGCCGCCACCCGGGCUACUUCCUCGUGGUGCCCGUGCUCGUGUCCUUGCUGUGCGUGACGGGCUACCAGCGCGUGCGCUACGAGAUCGACCCCGAGUACCUGUUCAGCCCCGUGUGGGGCGAGGGCAAGUCGGAGCGCGCCGUGGUCGAGCAGUUCUUCAAGCCCAACUACACGAGCCGCUUCAACGUGGGCCGCAUCACGCGCCCAGGUCGGUUCGGGCGGGUGAUCGUGAUCCCGAAGCACGGCAGCGACAUGCUGCGCAAGGAGAUCUGGGCCGAGCUGCGGAUGCUGGACCAGCUGAUACAGAACGCGACGGCGACCUGGGACGGCGGUCCCGGGGGAGACCCGGAGACCUUCACCUACCGGGACGUGUGCGCGCGCUGGGUGGACCAGUGCUUCCAGAACGACAUCCUGAACCUGCACCACGUCAUCGAGGAGGUGGAGAGCAAGGAGCUGAACCUCACGUUCCCCAUCAUGUUCAACCCGGUGACGUGGGACGCGCACACCUUCCCCGUCUUCUUCGGCGGCACCGUCGUCAGCGACGACUUCAUCAUCCUGGAGGUGCCGUCCGUGCAGCUCGUCUACUUCGUCACCGCCGACACCAAGCGCCAGGACGCCAGGGGCGCCGCGUGGGAGGAGACCUUCCUGCGCGUGGUCGGCGAAGCGGAGGACUCAGGGGUCUUCCAGCACAUCUCGACGGCGCGCUUCGCGUCGCGCACCCUCGACAUCGAGCUGGAGCGCAACACGCGCACCGUGGUGCCCUUCUUCAGCACCACGUUCCUCGUCAUGGCCGCCUUCUCCGUCACGUCGUGCAUGAUGGCCGACUGGGUGCGCUCCAAGCCGUGGCUCGGCUUCCUGGGCAACGUGUCGGCGUGCAUGGGCACCGCGGCGGCCUUCGGCGUCGCCAUGUACCUGGGCAUCGAGUUCAUCGGCAUCAACCUGGCGGCGCCCUUCCUCAUGCUGGGCAUCGGCAUCGACGACACGUUCGUGAUGCUGGCGGCGUGGCGGCGCUCCUCCGUGAAGCUGGACGUGCCGGAGAGGAUGGCGCAGAUGCUGUCCGAGGCCGCCGUGUCCAUCACCAUCACCUCCUUCACGGACAUGAUCAGCUUCUUCAUCGGCAUCAUCAGCCCCUUCCCGUCCGUCCGGAUAUUCUGCGCCUACUCGGGAUUUGCGGUUUUCUUCACCUUCCUGUGGCACAUCACGUUCUUCGCGGCGUGCGUGGCGGUGGCCGGCCGCGCGGAGCAGAAGAACCUGCACUCGGUGGUGUGCGUGAAGGUGCAGCCAGUGUCGUGCUCCGACAAGCGGUCGUGGCUGUACCGCAUGUUCUGCAGCGGCGGCAUCAACCCCGACGACCCCGACAACCCCCUGGACAACACGGAGCACGGCGUGAUGGCCUUCUUCCGGGACACCAUGGCCGCGCUCAUCAACAGGUGGCCCGUCAAGGUGCUCGUCAUCGCGGUGUUCGCUCUCUACCUGGCCGGCGCCGGCUACGGCGUCACCAGAAUCAAAGAGGGAUUGGAAAGAAGAAAAUUAUCCAGAGCUGACUCGUACUCUGUGGAGUUCUACGACAGAGAGGACUUCUACUUCAGAGAGUUCCCAUACAGAAUACAGGUGGUGAUCAGUGGGCAAUAUGACUACUCAGACCCGGAAAUCCAACAACAGGUCGAGAAUUUAACUCAGAGUUUCGAGAACACCUCUUUCAUUUCUUCCCCUCUGUACACAGAGUCGUGGCUUCGUUCCUUCGUAGGCUACAUACGAAGAAAUCAAGAUUACCUGAAUGUCACGAUAGACACCGAGAAAGACUUCAUCAAGACCUUGAAAGAGCUGUGGCUUUUCAAGCCGAAUCCAUUCUCCCUGGAUGUGAAGUUCAACGAGAACGAAACAGAGAUCAUAGCCUCGAGGUUUCUGAUCCAGGCAGUCAACAUUAGUGACUCUAAUGGCGAGAAGGAAAUGGUUAGAGAGCUGAGGAAAAUAUGUCGAGAGUCACCACUGAACGCAACCGUGUUUCAUCCUUAUUUUGUUUUCUUCGAUCAGUUUGAGCUGGUGCGGCCCACUGCCAUCCAGAGCAUGAUCAUCGGAGCGCUCAUCAUGAUGCUGGUGUGCUUCGUGUUCAUCCCGAACAUCUCCUGCUGCCUGUGGGUGGCGUUCUCCAUCAUCUCCAUCGAGACGGGCGUGGCCGGCUACAUGGCCCUCUGGGACGUCAACCUGGACUCCAUCUCCAUGAUCAACCUCAUCAUGUGCAUCGGCUUCUCCGUGGACUUCACCGCGCACAUCUGCUACGCCUACAUGUCCUCCAAGGCCACCACGCCCGAGCAGAGGGUCAGGGAGAGCCUGUACGCCCUGGGGCUGCCCAUCGUGCAGGGUGCCUUCAGCACGAUCCUCGCCGUCGUGACGCUCAUCUUCGCCGGCAGCUACAUCUUCCUCGUCUUCUUCAAGAUGGUGUUCCUGGUCGUGUUCUUCGGCGCCAUGCACGGCCUGUUCCUCCUGCCCGUGCUGCUCUCGCUGUUCGGCCCCGGGUCCUGCACCCGGCGCCCCAAGGCCGAGGAAGAAGAAGACGAAAAGGAGCCUUCCGCCGUGGAGAAAACGUUCCCCCACCCUUUCUACAUCCCUCACCCGUCCUUGCAUCCCUCCGCCGCCUUCAUGUACCCCGGGCCCAACGGCGAGUCCAAGUCCUCGCCGCCGUUCUUCGAAGCUCCCCGGGGAUACCACGUGGCCACCCCGCCACGGUUCGGCAUCCCCCUGCCGGGGCUGCCCUCCCAGGCCGCCUUCAACAAGGGGCUGAAGUACGCGGAAGGCAACGGCUGCUCCACCAGCCUGGAGAAGGACCUGGGCCUCGGCACGUCGGGCGAGGACUCGAGCGAGUCGAGCUCCAACAAGUCCCAGCGGCGGCUGCAGCGGGAGGCGGAGGAGGAGGAGGAGCAGAGGAAGAAGUACGAGGAGGGCUGGAGGAAGACCUCGGCGGCGGGGCCCGCCAAGCCGCGGGGCGACUUCCAGCCCCUGCACAUCAUGGAGGUGUACAACUCGGGGUACGUGAGCGAAGACGAGGGCAGAGGCCCCCGCCACGCCGGCAAGGUGUGGUACCGCGGCGACAAGAGGGCCAACUACCACGACGACCCCCCGAAGAGGCACUCGCCGCAGCGGAGACCGCACCCCAAGUCCCAGCACAGGCCCCACUCGAGGAGCGCGCCGGGCUACGUGGUGGAGAUGAAGUUCCCCUGACGUCGCCCGGUGCACGAGCGCUCUUGACUGACGUGCGCCCCCCAGAGUCGAGGACUACAAUCCAUCCACGGAACACUUCCAUGAAGUGAGUGCAGCGCGAGAAGAGACUACACGUCGUAACUCUACCUUCCCAACUUGAUCAUGAACAAUUAAUGAUCAUAUUUAUUUUUUACAAAGGCCAAACAUAUAUUAUGUAUUAAAAGACUGCGCUGCAUAAUUGUGAAAUUGUGUUACUGGCAAACUGUGACUUCAGGAUAUCCUACUAAUGGUCUUCACUUCCACAGCAGCCUUGUCAAUGCAUUUUUCAAUCAAAAAUAUAUAUUUUUGUAUUUCACAUUUACACUGUUUGAUUAAUGAGUUUAGGAUAUUUAGAGCAACUAAUAUUUAACAACAUACACUUUUUAAAAUUUUUUAUUUACAUUAAGUUUGUUUAGUUUCCUUUGCAUUAAUGUUAUCAUCAGUGUUGUUAAAAGUACUCGGAAAAAGUAAUUGGGCUCAAGUACAAUUACUGUGGUGAUAAUGUAACUAAUUACAAGUAAUAAUUACUUUACAUAGAAGUAAUCAGUAAAAUUACAAUUACAAUUACAAUUACUUUCCGCUAGCGUUUUAAAAACCUACGAUUAAAUUGUUUUACACUUUGUUAAAUUAAUAAACAUGCAUAUAUGUUUUGUUAAAAAAAUGAUUUCAUGUAAUUAUUAAAUUUAUUAUCUUUAAUUAAAUUAAUAAUAUUUGAGGACAAACUUGCUUGAAUAACAUCAAAAGACUUCAUACAAGUAGUGGAAUUGACCUUUCAAAACAAUUGCAUUUUAUAGUUCUCAUCAGAGAGAUUCCCUCUCUUGAUGGCAAAAACAUCUUUACUAGAGGUGGGUCGAAAAGUAUCAGCAUGAUACUUUGGUACUGAUACGCGCCUGUAUCAGGAACGACAAACGAGUACACUUGAAAAGUAUGAAGUACUUUAGUAUUAGUUCAGAAUUCGACUGGAACAACACCACGGCCAAUGUGCGCAGAACCCGAUCGCAGAUGACGGUCACUUGGGCGGAGCUUGUGAAAGGGGAGAGAGCAGGAACGACGAAUAAGGGAUAAAGAAGGGAAAUAAUGUAGGGGAGGAAGCGCAGGGGAAGGCGUAGAAGGAGAGACGCAAAGCGAAAUUGUUACGAGUUGUUUGGUUAUUGUCCCACAUCCAAUUACGCUCAGUGCGCAGUGCGUGCACAGUCUCGUUCAAUAAUAAAACUAAUGAAAUUUUAAUAUUAAAAAGUACAUUAAUACAAGAUAUAAUAUUUAUAUUUGUGCACCUAACAGCUAUGAAAAUGCAAAUAAAUUCUCAGUUGACACUAAUAACAGAUGUAAUCAACAUUAGGACUUUUUUUUUUCGAAAACAAUUAGUAACUAGUGUUUUCAUACAUUAAAAGAUUACGAUUUUAUCACAAAUUAAAAAUAAUAAAAAAACAGAUACUAACAUUAGUGAGCAUACUAUAUCAAUGUUUACGUUUCAAAUGUUUCUUCAGAUUAGUCGAUGAUGAUUUAUAACUCAGUUUUUGUUUACACAAAUUACAAUUAGCAAACUCAUUAUUUCCGUAAAAAAAUUCCACACAAAUGAAGUCUUUUUCCUGCACUUAUCCAUUCCUUAUUUCACUAUAAAGAUACUAACUACAAAGCAUGACAGCCCGCAACAAUGUACACGGUGGUAAUUAAUACACGGCCAGGAGGAACUGCAGUGAAAGUUGAACUGAUUGAUACUGGCUGUAUCAGGAGGGCAUGAGAGUAACAGAGGUAGAGAAUUACCGGGCGUCAGUGGCGGAUCCAGAGGUUCACCUCGGAGGGGGGAACUCUAGGAUUUCAGAAUAGCCAGAGAAAAAAUGUCUUAAAAUUACUACAUUUGUAUUUAAUUUACUCACACUACACAUAACAUACAACCACCAGAUGUUAUGAUUCUACAAUAAAUUCAUUAAUUAUAUUAAAUUUUUAAUUGGUUUCAGUAACAAUAAUUUUUGUCGACAAUAUUAAUGUAGCAGACAACUGGUUUUUCGGGAGGGGGGGGGCACUUGCCCUUGGUGCCCCCCCUUGGAUCCGCCACUGCCGGGCAUGAUAAAUAAUGUAUCAGAGACACCGAUACCUUUUUACGCUGGUGAUGACCGCACGGAGGAUGUGUACCCUGUAACGAGAAUGCUGAUACCUUGUCGCUUCCUGGGACCGCUAAUUCUCUGAUACAAAAGUAUCAGAUACUUGUAACUAGGUACAUUACUGUAUCAGUAUCAGGUUGGAACAGAUACCGAAAAUUGCUGUAACAACCCACCUCUAAUCUUUACCAACACUAAAAAGACGCUCAACGGCAGCGAUGUGUUAUAUUUUUAAAAUGCAGAUUGUAGGAUAGGGUAAUGUUGGAGACACUGCAAGUCACUAUGGCUCUUCAUUUUUGAUCAUAGAUGUUGUGCAUACGAUCUUAGCACUACAAGCGUAAAAUUAUAAACUUUACUAAUACAAACGUGUAUGAUCUUCUUGUUCUUAAUUGUAUUCAUUAUACGUUCCGAGAAUAAAAGUAACGGCAAGUAAAUAUAAAGUAUUGAUUACCUUAAUGUAUCGAUUACAAUUAAUGUUAUGUAUUCCGAUUACAAGUACGAAUUACAUUUUUAAAUGUAAUUCGUUACAAGUAUAAAUUACUUGAAAAGUAAUCGUUACAAGUAAUCCGAUUACUUGUAAUUCGUUACUUAACAACACUGGUUAUCAUAUUUAAAGUAUCAUUGGAACUCAUCCUGUUAUUGUGCGUCAGCACUUCCAUAAAAUGGCAGAGAACUCGCAUGGUUCGUCCUCAUUGAUUCUGCCUAAAACAUUCCAUUCUUUUAUUAUGACAGUUAAUGUGUCUAAUUGUAGCACUAAUUUAUUAAGAGUCAAACUGUUAAAAAUAAAAUAGAUAUAUAGUAAAAUUCUAAUGCACUUGUUAUCAAAUCGUGAAAACGACUUUGUCUAGAGAACUUUUGUUUUUCAUUGCCAGUUAUGUGAGAUAUUGUAAAUAAGUUUUAAUACCAAUUACAAUAAAAUUUAAUGAAUAAUUUUGUGUCGAUCAUGCUGAAUCCAAUGUGUAUAAUAAAACAUUAAGUAAGAACCUAAUACCCAAUCAAAAUUAGUGUCCAUCUCAAUAAAUAUCACAGACGACAUACAAUAUUGUGUUGUGUGAGCAUUUUAAGCCAAACCUACAUUUAGCAAUAAAAUUGUAUUAUAUUCAUGAAAACCAAUUAGUAGUAUUUUUAAUGCAUUUUCUUUUAACUACAUUAAUGAAGGAGAGUAUUUGUCUGUCUGUAGUUUGCAUAGUGCUGAGAUGGUGAGGCAUGUGUAUAUUCCAGGGAGGGAUCCAUUUGCAACUAAGUGUUUUUUUUAAGUAAUUUUGGAGAGUUUUUUUUCCCAGAUCUCCAUGGCAACAGCUAUUGAAUUGUUGAUGCUUCCUUCAUCUCCAUUACAACUGCUAUUGAUGCCUCAUUCACUUUUGAAUCAUAAUCCAGUCUUUCUGUAAACAUCUUUCCCAUCAUAGUGACACGGAAUUGUUCAAUUAAAAGCAAAUUUAAAGGCU